AUGGAAUCCACCGUGGUAAACGCCUCUCUACGCUCGAGAAGAACCCCCCGCUUAUCACCUCACUUCCAGGAUAGAUCAUUAGCGGCAGCUACAAAGUACUUCCGACUGGCUAAUGUACCAGACGAAAUCAUCCCAAGCGAAUCCGACUUGAAGGAGAAAUCACGACAACAGAUCGCCAUUCCACCGGCCUUUGCUAGUCUCAGGAAACAAGCGGCCGAUUUCGAGGUGGAGCAAUUCUACGCCAGAGUUAAGACAAAACUGGGCGAACAGAACGUGAAGAUCGUCGAUGAGGACUUGGCCCGAUGCCCGGAUGCCCCCCUCGCGGAGAGACUGGCUCGAACCUAG